AUACAAAAGAGACAAUAGGAAUGAGAAAAUUGCAAAUGGAGAAGGAUUUUUUGAAAAAUCAGAUAUUAUUAUGCAUUGGAAUGCCCAUAAGAGAAAGAAAAUAUUUACAUGCCUGAAGUAUGCAAAAAACCUUCAUCAAAGUAAAAACCUUACUUCCGAUUACACAGGGGAGAAAAAAUAUAAAUGCCAGGAAUGUGGGAAAAACUUCAGUCUGAGUUGGCACCUUAAUUCACAUCAAAGGAUUCACACAGGGGAGAAACCAUAUAAAUGCUUGGAGUGUGGAAAAAGCUUCAAAUGUGGCAAAACCUUUAGUCAAAAUGCACACCUUAUUUCCCAUCAAAGAAUUCACACAGGGGAGAAACCAUAUAAAUGCACGGAGUGUGGGAAAAGCUUCAGUCAGAGUGGAAAUCUUACUUUACAUCAAAGAACUCACACACAGGAGAAACCCUAUAAAUGCCUGGAGUGUGGAAAAAGCUUUAGUCACAGUGGAAGCCUUACUUCUCAUCAAAGAACACACACGGGGGAGAAACCCUAUAAAUGCCUGGAGUGCGGAAAAAACUUCAGUAACAGCAGACACCUUACUUCCCAUCAAAGAAUUCAUACCGGGGAGAAAAAGUAUCAAUGCUUGGAGUGUGGGAAAAGGUUUGGUCAGAGUGGAAGCCUUACUUCCCAUCAAAGGAUUCACACAGGUGAGAAACCAUAUAAAUGCAUGGAGUGUGGAAAAGCCUUCAGUCAGAUUACACACCUUACUUCCCAUUACCGAAUCCACACAGGGGAGAAACCAUAUAAAUGCUUAACAUGUGGGAAAAGCUUCAGUAACAGUGGAUAUCUUACUUCCCAUCAAAGAAUUCACAGUGGGAAGAAACCAUAUAAAUGCCUUGAGUGUGGAAAAAGCUUUGGACGGAGAGACAGCCUAAUUUCCCAUCAAAGAAUUCACACAGGGGAGAAAAAAUAUAAAUGCCUAGAGUGUGGGAAAAGAUUUAGUCAGAGUGGAAGCCUUAUUUCUCAUCAAAGAAUACAUACAGGGGAAAAACCAUAUAAAUGCUUGGUAUGUGGAAAAAACUUUAGUAAUAGUGGAAGCUUUACUUCCCAUCAAAGGAUUCAUACAAGAGCAAAACCAUAUAAAUGCCUGGAGUGUGGAAAAACCUUCAGUAACAGCAGAUGCCUCACUUCCCAUCAAAGAAUCCACACCGGGGCUAAACCAUAUAAAUGCCUGGAAUGUGGAAAUACCUUCAGUAACAGUGGAACUCUUACUUCCCAUCAAAGAGUUCACACAGGAGAGAAACCAUAUAAAUGCCAGGAGUGUGGAAAAUGCUUCAGUCAAAGUGGAACCCUUCUUUACCAUCAAAGAAUUCACACAGGGGAGAAACCGUAUAAAUGCCUAGAGUGUGGGAAAUGUUUUAGUAACAGUGGAUGCCUUACUUCCCAUCAAAGAAUUCACACAGGAGAUAAACCAUAUAAAUGUGUGAAAUGUGGAAAAAGUUUCAGUAAGAGUGGAAAUCUUACUUCCCAUCAAAGAAUUCACACAGGGGAGAAACCAUAUAAAUGCCUCCGGUGUGGAAGAAGCUUCAGUCAGAGUGGAAAUCUUGCUUCACAUCAACGAACUCAUAUAGGGGAGGAAAACAAAUAAAUGCCUAAUGUGUGGAUAGACAUUGCAUCAAAACUAAUUGGAUUAGAAAGUUAG